GAGGAUCGGCUCGAUAACCUCCCGCAUAUUACUUGCGUCAAGCCGUAAAGUUUGAAAAUUCACAACACCGUUUGCUCACUCUCGUUUCAACUGUCAGCUGCGAGCGUUCGCGGCGCCAUCUACGUUUCAAACCGCAGCAACGCAGUCGGGCGUCUAGUAGUACCACUACAGGCCCUGCGAAAGAUUCGUCAAGAGCGAUUGUUUUGACUAGGCUUAAAUCGGUGCAAACUCGGGGGAAUGUUAUUCCAUGUUAGAUUACAAUGCAUCGUAAUCACUCGCGUGUUUCGUACGGUGUUCUGUGUUAGAGAGAGGGCAGAGCAAGCGGCGGAUCAGCUGUGAACGGCGUGGCGCCGUGUGGCUCGACUGUGACCCGCUGUCAGUUGCCCGAGCCCUGUGCUACGGUUAGGACCGCACACAUCACUCUAACGAUCAGGACAGCUAGAAGAUUGGAGUUUAUCUGAUAUUAAUUCUUGAAGCAAAGCAACCUGUGGGAUAGUCGUUGGCUUAUUAGAAAAUCUUUAGCGGUUCUGUCUGUACGAGGAAAUAAGAAAGAGAGGAUAUUAACUUAUUGAAAUCAAUUAAUUUUGUUUUCAUCUCGCUAGACGGAAUUCGAUUGAUUUUCAAUAGAGACAAAGAACGUACGUCAACGUGGCAUACAAGCGACGUUACGUCUUACAGUAUUUAUCCUCUGUCGUGUUGGUUCUGUGGUGGAUUGUGAUUUUGACUAAACAAUAAGGGCGCAUUGGCUGUCAUUACUCAUGCAACGCUGACGAUCAUGAUGUACUGGUAGGAGGGCAUCAGUUGGAGAGAUGGCGAGCAGAGUAUUAUUCGAGAAGACCGCUACGUGCACGGUACUUGUCCUACUGGUACUGCUUCAAGCGGCAUUGGUUUGGGAACAGGGAAGCGCAGCUCCUGCUAAGCGAAACGACAUAUUGGCCGGCACGGAGUUCCUGUCGGUCUUCAUAAACGGCGCCAUGGCACCGGUUCCUCGUCGUCGAGGGUUCAGGCGCGGUGGACAGCCGGCCGACCACGUGGCCGCCGAAUCUCAGCAGCACGAAGCCUCGAUCUACAGGAUAUCGCGCACCUCGAACGUCCGACCGGUUGGCCCGAAGCCCCUGGAUGCGCCGAAGGAAGACGGCCCUCGUUACUAUCCGAUAAGUCAGCAGUCGGCCGAGAACAAGGAGAAUUUGUCGGCGCUGAUCGAUGAUCUGGGGACGGUCAGGAAAAUCACGGCCAAUCCGACGGCGCAAACCGAAGCACCUUCUCAGGCUCGGGACGCCAUUGUCGAAUCUAAUCAAACGAAGGCUAACAAUGAGACUAACAAGAGUGUCAAUCAAAAGGUCAUUGGCGUAAGCGUUACUUCCACCGUGGAAGCUACGCCUUACAAAGUCAGGGUGGAGCAUUACGAUGGCGAGGAUAUUAUGGCUGUGACUAGAAUGCCGGUCGUCUCGUCAACUUCCAGACCAGCUACUACGAGCAGUACCAGUACGACUAUGAGUACUACCAGAACGACUGUCAGUACGAGUACUACCAGUAGUACUACCAGUACCACGACCACGACUCCAUUACCUGCUCUUCUGGUCACCGAAGAGUUGAGUAAUAUUGUGUCCGAGUCGAAUAGAAGUGAAUUCUCCGUUGACGAGGAUUCGCCGAAGACCAGCUGGCGUUCGCGUGCUCGAGCUACACCUAGACCUACCUCGAGAACGGCUUAUCAACAUUCAACAUCUGCUUUUUCGAGGAAACAGGCGGAUAUUGGUGGGACCACUCACUCCGAGCCUGAGGAAGAGAGUUACGAGGUACCGGAAGUUAGUUCCGAGGAGAGGGAGGAACACGUGGAACCUACGGAAAUACCUGAGCACCUGCAUCAAGGUAGAAAAGUCGGUAGGCACUAUGACUCCUCGCAUUAUAAUCAACCGUCUAAGGUCUACAGUCAUCCAGCCAAGGUCUACAGUAAACCAUCGAGAGUCUACGGCGAACCGUCCAGAGUCUACAGCGAACCGGAAAAGGUCUACAGUGAGCCGGCCAGGGUCUACUCGGAACCAGCAAAAAUCUAUAGCGAACCAGCCAAGGUCUAUAGUGAACCAGCAAAGGUCUACAGCGAACCGGCCAAGGUCUACUCGGAGCCAGAGAAGAUCUAUUCGGAGCCAUCUAAAGUGUACUCGGAGCCAGCCAAGGUCUAUUCCGAACCAGCUAAGGUCUACUCAGAACCGGCUAAGGUCUACAGCGAACCAAGUAAAAUAUACGGGUCAAACGGUCAACCCCUAGUACCCCAGGAACCGGAAGAGCAGAAUUACGAGAUUGAUGAAGCCGUGAGCGUCGGUAGCAACGGAAACGUUCAUGGACCUCAGAGCGUCACGGAGACGUCCAAUAGCGAGGCCGAGGAUGGUCACAAGGUCGGCUACGUCGUGGAAGGACGGAACUAUCGAAAGUAUAGAGUCGAGGAAAGGACGCCGGAUGGUUUCAUCGUGGGUGAAUACGGCGUGGUCAGCCAUGACGAUGGAUCCUUGAGGGGAGUUCGGUACACGGCCGAUGGCACUAUCAAUCCGCGAUUGAUAUACGAUGCUCUCAUGAAGUUCCUCGCCCUUUGAAAGCAACCUCAACUAUUAUAUUAAUGACGUGUAUCUACGACAUCGAUGUGCCUUCUACGUAAGAAACCGAACGACUGAUUCUCUGCUCUUGCCAACUCAACUGCCUCACUUCUAAUUUUAAGUGUGAUUAUUAGGAUCUUAAGAAUGUUCAAUGGAUCAAGGAUUACGAAGAGAUCCUGGACGUCGUUGGUACCAUUGUUUACGGCGGACGUGGCGCAUGACUUUCUUUUCGUGAAUUUCAAUGGCAGGGAGACCCUUUGAAAUGUUCGUAUAAAUUUUCAAGAAUUCACUGAUUGUAAGUCAAAUAUUUUUUAUCCGCGUUACGAUGGUACCGUUUCUACCGGUGAAAAUAUUCAUAUCACGUGUCACUCGUUAGAUAAUUACGCGCUGUCCCGCGUAUGAUUUUACGUGUAGACAUUGUUUUCUUUUUUCGCUCAUUCUAUCGCGUCUUAAUGCGCCUGUAGUAUAACGUCGCUUCGGUGUUUCGUAUAUAGCUGUACAUCAUCCGUCGCUUCUUCGUAACGCUAUAAGACAAUUUGCUCAUCUCGAACGACGUUCUAAUACUCCGUUGGUACGUUUUAGCAUAAAUUAAAUUGACGAAUGAGAAAGCGUAGCUGGGAGUAAUAAAAAUGUAAACUGUAUCCAAAUAGAAGGGAAUCCAAAUUUGGUUACAGGAGGAAGCAAAAAAUAAUACUACUCCCACACGCGAAUUCUCAAAUGAAUUCCUAGCGAGCGUACCAUCCACAUGUAGUAGUCAAAGAUGGUCGCUAAUAUUUAAAUUGGACUUUAUUUAUGAAAGCAACAAAAAAAAA